AUGAAGGUGGCCAAAUCGUGCAGGCAAUGUCGCCUAGCCAAGCGGAGAUGCACCCCAGGCACACUUCCUCGCUUAGCCUGUACACUAUGUGCUCAGAAGGGUCUUGAAUGCUCCUUUUUGGCCACCAAGGCACCAAACUACCCAAAGUCUAUCUUCCCGGCAGGGACUGCACUAAAACACUCGGCGGAAUUGAGAGACGAAGUCCGGGAUCAGCUUGUCGACCUCUACCUGAAGUUCAUCCACGACAAACCUCACACGUUGUUUCACCCGACCAAUUUAAAAUCCCGAGUGCAAGCUGGAUCGUUACCAGACGCGACCCUUCUCAGUGUUCUUGCUCUUGAGGCCAGGUUUUCAGAUGAACGGAACGUACGAGAGCGGGCCAAGGACUUCUUUCACAAAGCCAAGGAGUCGUUCAAGCGAACACUUGACGAUGUGACGCUGGAUAAUGUCCAUGCAGCUACCCUCAUAGGCAAUCUAUGCGGGGUUGAAGGGGACUCAAAGGGAGAAUCACUUUUCUUUGGCAUCUCUUUUCGUAUGGCUCAGAUUCUCCGUCUCCCCGGGGCUAGUCCGCAAGACGAUACAAUCAUGAGAGAAAUCAAAACCCGAACCUACUGGUCUUUAUACAUGAUCGACCAAUGGUCCUCCGCUGGCUUAGACAUGCCACGACAAAUUUUUGAAACGAGUCAGCAUCCGCUACCAAUGUUGGAGUUGGAGUUCUGGAAACUGAGACCGGGAGAGCAACAUGUUCGUAAUAUGGGACAAAGCCACUCCCCUGGUCUCUGGGGCUACAUGAUCAUCCUCGCUCGGAUAUUCGGCAGAAGAGCAAACUCGCAUAUUAGCGCUGGAGCUCGAGGAAUUCACCCACAACCUUCCCACCAGCGUGAAGCACUCGCAAGAAAACUUAGAGCACCAUGCCAGGCUGGGCCUAGGAGCAACGUUCGUCGCCCUACAUCUGGGCUAUCAUCAUUAUUCAACUCUCCUAUACUUCCAUUACCUGGACUCAACCCUUACCCAGGUCCCUAA